AUGGAACAAAAAAAUGUUUAUCUGUCAGAGUUGAAGCCGGUGGCCUCAGGCUCUUCUUCUCUCCCUGCUAUAUGGAAGGACGUAGAGCUUGCCACACAAAAGACGCCUGUGUCUACCCUGUCAGCUCUGUCUAGGAAUGACGUAGUUUCUGAGCCGGAUAAGCCCUCAAAGAGCUUCAAGUUUUUCUUCCCAGACGGGAACGUGACUUUUUUGGUCGAGGGCACGUUGUAUCGUCUCCAUCGUUAUCUAUUCAUUCGCCACUCCUCGACUUUCGCAUCUGAAUUUCUCCAACACGACUUCGAUAACAACAAUCCUAUCAAAUUAGAUGCUAUCGACAAGUUUGGGUUCGAAGCUUUACUAUCGAUUCUAUAUCCUUUGGAUUUCACGAGGCACAAUAUAGAAGGGGUAAAUCCAUGGAGUUCCGUCCUUCAUAUAGCGACCGAGUGGGGUUUCAAAUCCAUCCGGAAGUUGGCAAUCCAAACUCUUGCACCCAUCGUUUCGCCCGUUGAUCAAGUUGCGCUCGGAGAGAAAUACGCGGUCGAGGCAUGGCUCUUUCCCGGCUUCCAAUCUUUAUGCAGUAGACCAGAAUCACUCACUCUUGAGGAAGGGCGGCGACUUGGUCUUGAGAACAUCAUCGCGAUCGACCGUGCCCGACAGGAGAUUAGGGACAAUAUGUCUUCACGUUCCACCGCGGCAAUGGCUACAACCGAAUGCUUGGCUUGCAAAACACCCAUGAUAUACUCUUUGUCAUGGUCGAAGCCUGAGCCACCAAUGGUCGAACCCAAAUUUCCGAAAGCCGACGUUCCACCACCAAGACCUUCACCAGGCAGCCUUUCGCCGUCCGCUUCUUCACAUCCUUCUACAUCUAGCCCUCCAUUCACCCAUCCCAAAAGUUCCCCUCCGUGGACGCAGAACUCUGCCAUGUUGUCCUCUCCUGGGCAAAAACAAACUUCUUGUCGUCUAUGUGGUGUACAACGUGGAAAGCUAUCUAAUGCCGAAAUCUCUGACCAAGUUGAGCAGUUCAUUCCCCAGUUUUCAAUCGCCAGGGAGGCCAGAUUACGGGCAGAGAAAUCUGAAGCCGAGUUGAAGGCAAGGACUGGGGCCGAAUCUGUGGCAAGGGCGAAGGCUUAA